AUGGCUAAUUUGUGCCCUUUUCUUUCACUACAGCGUUUGACAACCCUUAUUUUCGACAAAGCAGUCCUUGAGCCGACCUUUUGCCCUAUGUACGCUCAAUUGUGCUUUGAUAUCCGCCACAAAAUGCCUAGGUUUCCACCUUCAGCGCCUAAGACUGAUGAGAUCUCAUUCAAGAGGGUUUUGCUGAACACAUGUCAAAAGGUGUUUGAGAGAACUGACGACUUAAGUGAGGAGAUUAGAAAGAUGAACGCGCCAGAUCAGGAGGCCGAACGGGAAGACGAAGUAAGACUGUUGAACCUCCGGACUCUAGGAAAUCUUCGUUUUUGUGGUGAGCUUUUUUUGAAGCGGAUGUUGACAGAAAAGGUUGUUUUAGCCAUUGGUCAGAAGCUUUUGGAGGAUGCUGAGCAAAUGUGUCCAUCAGAGGAAAAAAUUAUAGCUAUUUGUCUCUUUCUCAACACUGUUGGCAAAAAGCUUGAUUCAUUGAACUCAAAACUGAUGAACGAGAUUUUAAGACGUUUAAAGAAUCUGUCAAAUCAUCCUCAAUUGGUUAUGAGCUUAAGAUUAAUGGUUGGGAAGAUCAUCCAUUUGCACUCCAUUGGGAUAAAGUCCGAUCCUAUAAACAUGUGGGAGGACUCCAAGUGUGGUUAUAUCCUCGGUAUUAUCUCGAUGUGA